AUGCUGAAAGGCAGACGAACCGGCCCACACAUGUCUUCAGUCGUCGUCCCGGCCAAGGCCCCCAACACGAUGGGCCCCAAAGAGGUGGAGUUGAUUCUGGUGAAGGAGCAGAACGGUGUUCAGUUCACCGCCUCCACCCUGGUCAGCCCCACUGGGCAGACCCAUCCGUCCGGAGAGGAGCGGGAGACCUGGGGCAAGAAAAUCGAUUUCUUGCUCUCCGUCAUUGGCUUCGCUGUGGACCUGGCCAAUGUCUGGAGGUUCCCCUACCUCUGCUACAAGAAUGGAGGAGGCGCGUUCCUGGUUCCGUACCUUUUCUUCAUGGUGAUUGCUGGAAUGCCCCUGUUCUACAUGGAGCUUGCACUGGGACAGUAUAACCGUGAAGGAGCUGCAGGAGUCUGGAAAAUCUGCCCCAUAUUCAAAGGUGUAGGCUUCACUGUGAUCCUGAUCUCGUUGUACGUGGGUUUCUACUAUAACGUCAUCAUCGCCUGGGCUUUGUUCUACCUGUUCUCCUCAUUCUCUGGAGAACUCCCCUGGGUAAACUGUAACAACACCUGGAAUAGCCCCAACUGCUCCGAUCUGAAUGACACGCUGCUGAACGACACACACAAGGCCACGCCCGCCGAGGAGUACUUCGAGCGUGGCGUUCUGCACCUCCAGGACAGUGCUGGUAUCGACGACCUGGGUCUCCCACGCUGGCAGCUGACUUCCUGUCUGGCUGUUGUCAUUGUGGUUCUCUACUUCAGCCUAUGGAAGGGAGUCAAGACCUCAGGAAAGGUGGUUUGGAUCACGGCCACCAUGCCGUACGUGGUCCUGACUGUGCUGCUGCUCCGUGGGGUCACUCUGCCCGGAGCUAUCGAUGGCAUUAAAGCCUACCUGAGUGUGGACUUUCUCCGUCUUUGUGAGGCCCAGGUCUGGAUCGAGGCAGCCACUCAGAUCUGCUUCUCUUUGGGAGUAGGGUUUGGUGUGCUAAUUGCCUUCUCCAGCUAUAACAAAUUCAGCAACAACUGCUAUAGAGAUGCCAUCAUCACCAGUUCCAUAAACUCUCUGACCAGUUUCUUCUCUGGCUUCGUGAUCUUCUCUUUCUUGGGUUACAUGUCCCAGAAACACAGUGUGGCUCUAGAUAAGGUCGCCACAGACGGACCUGGACUUGUGUUCAUUAUAUAUCCCGAAGCUAUAGCUACGCUGCCCGGCUCCUCUGUUUGGGCUGUCAUCUUUUUCAUCAUGCUCCUCACCUUAGGCAUUGACAGUGCUAUGGGUGGCAUGGAGUCUGUAAUCACUGGCCUGAUUGACGAGUUCAAGUUUCUACACAAACAUAGGGAGCUUUUUACCCUUUUCAUCGUGGUAUCGACCUUCCUCAUCUCUCUCUUCUGCGUCACUAAUGGAGGCAUCUAUGUGUUUACCUUGCUGGACCACUUUGCGGCAGGGACAUCGAUCCUCUUUGGAGUGCUGAUUGAGGCUAUCGGCAUCGCCUGGUUCUAUGGGGUUGACCGUUUCAGUGAUGAUAUACAGGAAAUGAUUGGCCAGAGACCUGGAUUAUACUGGAGACUGUGCUGGAAGUUUGUCAGUCCAUGUUUUCUCCUAUUCAUGGUUGUGGUCAGCUUUGCAACAUUCAACCCUCCAAAGUAUGGGACAUAUUAUUUUCCUAUGUGGGCAAACAUGAUUGGCUGGUGUCUGGCAAUAUCCUCCAUGACCAUGGUACCACUCUACGCCAUCUAUAAAUUCUGCUCCUUGCCAGGCAGCUUUUGUGAUAAACUGGCUUAUGCUAUAACUCCUGAAACAGACCAUCACUUGGUGGAAAACGGAGAAGUUCGGCAGUUCACGCUCCAUCACUGGCUUGUGGUUUGA